AUGAUCAUAUGUCUUCCACACCCCGAGACGGCCUGCUUGGUCAUGAGCAACUUUCAAAACCAGAUCACGAAACUUAACAGGCACCAUGACCUGAACCACAGGGAGACGAGAGGAGCAGCUAUGAGUUUAACUGCAGCAGCGAGUGGAUUUGUUCUCUUCCUUCUCUCGCUACCAGUCAUGAGGAGUCAGGAUUAUGGAGUGACUUACACUUCUACUCAGAUCUGUGCUUUAAAAGGAUCAACAGUGGAAAUAGGCUGCUUCUUCAAAGACAGAGUAAAAGUGCUGAAAAAAGCAUGGUUCACUGAAGGGAAUGAUGAUCUGAAAACAGACUCAGCGUACGGAGGUCGAGUGACGUAUGAUUCUUCCCAGAAGAGCUGUGCUCUGACGAUCAGAGAGCUGAGAGAGAGCGACUCAGCUGUGUACAAGUUCAGGUUUGAAACAAACCAAGAAGGUGGAAGUUAUACUGGUUCACCUGGAGUCACUCUGACUGUCACAGCUCUUCAGGUACAUGUGGGCACUUCAUCAUAUUAUCGCUGGGCAGAACUGACAUGUCAAAGCAGCUGUCGACUACCUAAUCAUCCCUCCUUCAUCUGGUACAAAAAUGGACAGAAAAUUUAUGGCCAAACCAACAUGUAUUGGUAUUUAUACAAGUGGAAUUACUUAGAUAGCUACUCCUGUGCUGCAAGUGGUCAUGAAGCUCUCCCGUCUCCUUCAGUGUGUGUCCGAGGUCAUUCAUGCAACAGAGUGAAUUACAGUAACAGAAACAUCUGUGCUUUCAAAGGCUCAUCAGUGGAUAUUUCCUGUACUUACAACAGUUAUUAUCAAAUACAAUCAAAAUCAUGGUUCUGUUUUGAACAUGGUUAUACGUGGACCUCCAAGGACCUUAGUAAAGACUCCCAGUAUGAAGGUCGUGUUGAGGUCACUGACACAAUGAUAGGAGGCUCCACUCUGAGAAUCAGAGACCUCAGAGAGAGCGAUUCAGCCGAGUAUCACUUCAAAUUCAAAACACGAACCUUUGAAUGGAAGAAUAGUUUACCUGGAACAACUCUGACUGUUGCAGCUCUGCAGGUGAAGGUGAGCAGAAUAAUAUCAGUCCAUCAGUCUCAUACUGAGGCAGAGCUCACAUGCUUCAGCAGCUGUCGUCCAGAUGGUCAUCUUUCCUUUGUGUGGUUCAAGAACAAUCAAUUUAUACUUGAAAACAAUCCUUAUCAAGAUCGGUUCAAUCCUGGAGACAUCAUCUCCUGUGCUUUCAAAGGAUACGAAAAUGAUCGCUCAGCUCCAGUGUAUGCUCUAAAGCCUCCCUCUGUGUCAGUGAGUCCCUCUGCUGAGAUAGUGGAAGGCAGCUCAGUGACUCUGACCUGCAGCAGUGAUGCUAACCCAGCAGCUAAUUACACCUGGUACAAGGAGCAAAAACUGAUCAGGAGAGGACAGCAGUUCAUCUUUGAGUCCAUCCAGUCCUCUGACUCUGGAGAGUAUUACUGCACCACUGAGAAUGAGCUGGGCAAAAGGUCAUCUGAGUACAUCUCUAUCAAUGUGAAAUAUGCUCCAAAGCUUCCCUCUGUGUCAGUGAGUCCCUCUGCUGAGAUAGUGGAGGGCAGCUCAGUGACUCUGACCUGCAGCAGUGAUGCUAACCCAGCAGCUAAUUACACCUGGUACAAGGAGGAUGAAGACUCACCAAAAGCAUCAGGACAGAACUUCAUCAUCACUGACAUCAGACCUGAACACAGUGGGAGUUAUUACUGUGAAGCCCAGAACACCAGAGGACGUCAUAACUCCACCUUACAGCUGACUGUCGUAUCAAGCUCACGGAAAUCAGCAGCUUUUGCAUCAAUCACUGUUGUAUUUCUGGCUUUCAUAAUCCUGUCUGGAAUCAUACUCAUCAGAAGAAAAAGGUGCUUCAAAGCAAACUCAUCAAUAGAGCGGCCGGACAACAGAGCAGAGGGCAACACAAAUGAUUAUUACACACUUAGUGCAUGGCCGGAACACCAUGGCCCUUCAGCUGCAGCACAGAGUACAGCAGCAGAGCAGCAGGAUGACGUUUGCUAUGCCAGUGUAAGUUUCUUUAAGAAGCAAGAAGAGCCCGACUACUACAACAUUAUUCCCACUCAGCCCAAAAGACAAAAUGAAGAUGAAGAAGUGGAAGAUGUGGAAUACACUCAUAUCAGAUUUAGCAGCACCCAAAGAUUAAGACAUCAUCAGACUGUGGAGUAUUCAUCAGCAGUGUACGGCACAGUCAACAGAAAGUAGCGUAUGACCAUGAAUGUUUGUCCUCAGUGUACAUAUUUGAUGCUUUUAUGAGGACACUGCUGUUUACGGGUGUGUUUGCAUUUUGAUAAAGAAUGUUGCAACAGGUGCGUUUGUACAGUGUGCUAUUAUACUGGACCUGUGGAUAUGUGUAACAUAUGUUUAACACUCAUUGCUAGUUUCUUAGAAGUUGAUCUAGCUUGCACUGAAAUAUAAACUUAACACAGUGAACAAGAAGCACUUUGAGAGUGCAAACCUCCGCUAAGGCAGCUCAGUCUCUGGCAGCUUUUACUUUGAAGGGAUCGUAUUGUAUUUUGUACAUAUAUAUAUUCAUUUUGUUUUUUUCUUUUUAAACAUUCUUCAAGGAGUUUUGUAGUGCAGUAAAAGGAACUGCAAAGUGCAGACUUUUGUUAUUUACCCAGUGGAAAUCCAUUUUUAUAUA